CAAUGAUGGACACCCAGAAAGACGUUCAACCCCCAAAGCAUCAGCCAAUGAUAUAUAUUUAUGGAGAGUGUCACACCGAAAAUGAAAUAAAAUCCAGGGAUCCGAUCAGAUGCAGAGAAUGUGGAUACAGAAUAAUGUACAAGAAAAGGACUGAAAGAUUGGUGGUUUUUGAUGCUCGAUGAAAUGGGAAUUUAGGAGUGUCU